UAUAUUAAAUAAUUUGAAUAUGUGAACAUAACUUGAAUGGUAAGGUGCAAGUGGCUACUAGGCGCAAUUCCCACUUUAAUAAAGGCCUCAUCGAACAUCCAAUCCGACCCGAUCUGACCCGGCCCAUUUAAAAAUCUUGCGCAAAAAGACUAGCUGAACUCGUCGUCUACAUAAAGAGGAAAAACACUUUGGACUCUUCCAUUGCGCUUCUCUUAGAUCUCACAUCUCAGGUAAACUGCAGAUAAGAAAAAAUGUCACGAAGGUAUGAUAGCCGUACAACAAUCUUCUCCCCCGAAGGCCGUCUCUAUCAGGUUGAGUACGCAAUGGAGGCUAUUGGGAAUGCAGGUAGUGCUAUAGGCAUCUUGUCCAAGGAUGGGGUGGUGUUGGUAGGUGAAAAGAAAGUAACAUCUAAGCUGCUUCAGACCUCGACAUCGAGUGAGAAGAUGUACAAGAUUGAUGAUCAUGUGGCAUGCGCUGUAGCUGGAAUUAUGUCUGAUGCCAACAUACUGAUCAACACGGCCAGGGUCCAGGCUCAGCGCUAUACAUUUGCUUAUCAAGAACCCAUGCCAGUUGAACAACUUGUUCAGUCACUAUGCGACACCAAGCAAGGUUACACACAGUUUGGUGGACUUCGCCCUUUUGGUGUUUCAUUUCUCUUUGCAGGUUGGGACAAAAAUUAUGGCUUCCAACUGUACAUGAGCGACCCAAGUGGAAAUUACGGUGGUUGGAAAGCUGCAGCAAUUGGAGCAAACAACCAGGCAGCUCAAUCAAUUCUUAAGCAGGAUUACAAGGAUGAUAUCACAAGGGAAGAGGCCGUUCAACUUGCUCUUAAGGUACUUAGUAAGACAAUGGACAGCACUAGCCUCACUUCAGAGAAACUUGAACUUGCUGAGGUAUUUCUCUCUAAUGGGAAAGUUAAGUAUCAAGCAUGCUCUCCCGACGCUCUGAACAAAAUGUUGGUGAAUGCUGGACUGACUCAACCCGCAACAGAAGAAUCGUAGACCAAUAUCUUUUGAUCGGGAUUUGACAUCGACUCUCUCUACACCAUGUCUGGCAUGUUGUACUAAAACUAAGUGGUGGAUUUGUGUUUUUUUACAGCUGCAUGCAUAUUUAUGUCAAACGUUUUCCAUUUUGAA